AUGGGAAACCUUCCGCGUGUUGAUCGCAAGGUUCUGACUAGCUAUGCUGUGCCCAAGGUUUAUGAACGAUGGGAAAGCAAUCCCCAGUCCCUGAUGCUUCAAUCUCUCCAAGCGUAUCCGAUGACCCUUCUCAGAGGUGGCCUAUGUCGCUUGUUCACAGCUCUGUUUGUUACAUCCCAACCACUGUUGCUGAAGCGCACUAUCCGAUGGUUUAGCGAGCCAUCUACUCCCGUCUCCGAUGCCGAGGGCUAUGGAUUGAUCGGUGCUUACUUGGUAGUCUAUGGUGGCCGAGCGGUAUUUACAGCAUUGGCACAACAUCAAAACUACCGACUCAUCACCAUGAUUCGCGCUAGUCUCGUGUCGUUGAUAUAUGACAGAACCUUGACACUGGAUCUUGUUGAAGCAAAGGAAUCGGCUGCUCUCACUUUGAUGAGCACAGACGUCGAAAGAAUCGGACAGGGUCUGCAGUUUGUCCACGAAAUCUGGGCAACACCCGCCGAGUUUGGUGUAGCGAUAUUUUUGCUCCAGCGUGAGGUUGCUCUGGGUUCCUUGGCACCUGUGAUAAUUGUCAUAGUCGCUAUUGUGGGAACAGUUUUACUUAGUAUGAAGAUUGACCCUCACCAGAAAGAAUGGAUUGGAGCCAUUGAACGCAGGAUUGGAUCAACAACAGAUAUGUUGCGCAAUAUGAGAGGCGUCAAGAUGUCGGGGUUUGAAGACGCGCUUACUUCCAUUCUCCAGGCCAUGCGUGUUAAAGAGGUCAAUAUUUCACGUGCCACCAAGCUGCUAUUCAUCGGCUGCCAGGUCUUCUCAACAGCUACAGCUACCAUCAGCCCUGUUCUUGGAUUCACAAUCUACGUUCUGAUGCAAAAAGCACAGGGAAAACCUGGCCUGGCCUCGUCGAAUGCCUUCACAAGUUUGUCCUUGUUUAGUAUCCUCUCCAGCUCGGUUUAUAUCUUCCUCACAUCGGUUCCAGCUAUAUUCUCUGGAAUAAGCUGCUUUGCGAGGGUCGAGAACUAUCUUGUGUCGGAGAAUAUCACUGGUCCUACCGAUGCGGAAGGACAAGACUCAGUAGCAUCGUCCAUUUCGGCAGAAGAAAUCUCGAUAAUUGCUCCAAAGAUUGCACCUUCUGACUAUAUCUUGGUCAUCAGGGACGGGAGUGUGCGUUGGAAGGGCCAGGAGAAAGCAGUUCUGUCUCAAAUUAAUCUUUGUAUUGAACAAGGCUCAUUUUGUGUGAUAUCUGGACCGGUUGGCAGUGGAAAGUCCUCUCUCCUGUACGCCAUCCUGGGCGAAGCCUCCCUCAAGGCCAACACAUUUCACAUCUCCACCACAAGCAUUGCAUACUGCCAGCAGUCGCCAUGGCUUCCCGAUAUCUCGGUCAAAGAGUGUGUGUUGAAUGGCAGGGAUUGGGACGAGGAUCUGUACAAGCGGGUCAUACACGCUUGUGCUCUUUCAGAGGACCUCGCACAGCUAUCUGCUGGUGACCAAACAAAAGUUGGUUAUGAGGGAGGGACUCUCAGCGGUGGACAAAGGCAGCGAGUGGCACUAGCAAGAGCAUUGUAUUCUCGCCGGAGACUUCUUCUAUUGGAUGAUACCUUUAGUGCCUUGGACCCCAAGACAGAGAAAUCUGUCUCAGGUAACCUAUUCUCUUCCAGUGGCUUGCUCCGCGAGCUCGGAACAACAGUCAUAUGUACCACUGGAAAGCCUGGAAACUCGAAUAAAUAUGCGGAUUAUACCCUAGAUUUGAACAAAGAAGGAGAAGCACAACUGAGAAACACGCAAAAAGACAUGCAGGACGAUGAAAUUGAAGCUUCUACUUACAGCAGAGGGCAGAACGGACCAAAGAAACAGGAAGAAGACGCAAAUCACGAGUCCAACCAAUCCGCUGAAACAUCCCAGGAGCAUGAACUUGCUCAGAAAUCAGUUCCCACAUUGUCCUCGAUGAUAUUCUAUUUGAGGUCGACGGGCAUGGGCUUCUUCGCCCUAUCAUUCUUCCUGUCGCUAGUCUACAGCUUCUGGCAGAACUUCCCUACUAUCUGGGUGAACCAGUGGACUCAGUAUGAUGCGAAGCACCCAUACGGGGAUCUGGCCAAAUACAUUGGAGUGUACAUACUUUGCGCAGUUCUAGCCCUUGUCACCCACAGUGUCGUCACUUGGCUUGUAAUGGUAUUGAUGGUGCAGCGGUCCGCGCAGGGCCUACACGGGAUACUCCUGAAAACAGUGGCACGGGCACCUAUGUCAUACUUUGAAAGCGUCGAUAUAGGCACAAUCACGAACCACUUCAGUCAAGAUAUGGAAAAGGUGGACCUUGAAAUUCCGCUCACAGGAGUCCAAGCUUUGUUCGCCUUUACCUCUGCCUUGGUCCAAUUCGUCAUGCUCUCUAUCGGUACCAAGUGGAUGGCAAUUACUUUCCCCUUUAUUAUCGCAAUCUUGGCAAUCAUUCAGCGACAAUAUCUGAAGACCUCGCGUCAGCUGCGACUACUGGAUCUCGAGGCCAAAUCACCGUUAUACUCUCACUUCACAGAGACUCUUUCAGGCUUGGCAACAAUCCGAGCAUUUGGUACACACACGCAGUGCCAGAGUAUCAACGCGGAGAGACUCGACUGCUCGCAGGGACCCUUUUACCUCCUCUACUGUGCGCAGAGAUGGCUUACUCUGGUGCUCAAUCUUGUCAUCGGAGCAAUGGCAAUUCUUAUGAUGGGAAUCACUAUCAAACUACGAGGUUCAUCCGGUGCUGGGUACAUUGGCUUGGCUUUUGUCAACUUGACUACCUUUAGCCAGAGCAUUCAGUCAUUGCUCACAUGGUGGACGAUGAUGGAAGCAUCUAUUGGAGCAGUUCACCGCGUGCAGCAAUUCGAAAAAGAAACGGCACAGGAAGAUGUACUCGGACAGGUUACUUCUCCUCCGCACUCCUGGCCGAAAGCAGGGUUAAUUGAACUGAAAGAACUUUCCGCAUCUUACUUAUCAUCCGUCAGUCCAGUACUCCGUAAUGUUACCUUUACAGUACAGCCUGGACAAAAGGUGGGCAUCUGUGGCCGGACAGGGAGCGGAAAGACCUCGCUCAUUCUUUGCCUCCAGCGCAUGAUAAAAAUCAACAGCGGUUCUAUUCUUAUCGAUGGACUCAAUACGUCCCAUGUGCCAGCUAAGACUUUGAGAGAAAGACUCAUCUGCAUUCCACAAGAUGCCCUCAUUUUCAAUGGUACUGUCCGUCUGAAUUUAGACCCCCGGUCCAGUUUUACGGACAAGCAGCUCGAGGACAAUCUCCGCCGUGUUGAGCUAUGGGACAUCAUCAGCAGCAAGGGAGGCCUUGAUGCAACAAUGCAAGAUGGGCUAUUGUCUCAUGGUCAACUACAGCUGUUCUGCUUAAGCCGGGUUCUACAAAAGAAGUCGCCAAUUGUCAUCUUGGACGAAGUGUCCAGCAGUGCCGACGAGGAGAGCCAGCGUCUUAUCUCAAAAAUCAUAAGAGAUGACUUUAAAGAUCGUACAGUAAUCUCGAUCGCUCACAGACUGCAACAAAUUGCCGAUUUUGAUGUUAUUCUUGUUUUCAGUCAGGGGAAGCUAGUAGAACAGGGGAGUCCAGAGGACCUUCUUGGUCGCGAUGUGUCUCUAUUUCAAGAGUUGUUUUCGCAGCAGGAUAAAUAG